GACUGCCGUACGCGCAGUUUUCGGUGGCACCGUGGCCUAUUUUAACGAUGAGUCGCGAUCGCUGAAGGACUGCCGCGGAGUUCUCUGAGAACCUGUCCAUUCCUCGCGACGCAGUUGGUGCGCGGUGAAGCAUGUGAGUCUCGGCUCGGGAGUUCCUCCCUUCCGUCGCCGGGCGGGUAUCCGUAAUGACAAUCCGUGACAAGUCGCGCCGUCCUACGAGCUAGCUUUCCUCGAGGCCAAAUGGCGCCAGCCAGAUAAUAACACGGUCGAUCUAGUGCUCCGGAACGACCCGGGACGCCACGUAAGCCACAAUGUCGGGACAGAGCGGUGGUCAUCGGCUGCGUUUGUCAAAACUGAACGAGCAAUUGACGUGCAAGCUCUGUGGAGGAUACUUUGUCGAUGCUACUACGAUUAUCGAGUGCUUGCAUUCAUUUUGCCGUAGUUGCAUCGUAAAAUACUUGGAAACAAAUAAAUACUGUCCGAUAUGUGAAGUUCAGGUUCACAAAAGUAAACCACUCAUCAAUAUUAGACCGGAUCAUACCUUGCAGGAUAUUGUGUACAAAUUGGUACCAGGAUGCUAUCAAAAUGAAAUGCGUCGACGGAGGGAAUUCUAUGCAAAGCAUCCAGAAGUAAAAUCUUCUACAAUGACGCCAGAAUCUCGUGGGGAGCCUACCGAGUCACAUAUUUACUCGCCUGAUGAAUCUCUAAGCCUGUCUUUGGAGUAUUAUAGCCCAGAGACUGAAAGCGAAGCAGAGGAUUGCAAAGAUUCCCAUUCGCUGCCUAGGAGAUAUCUUCGUUGUCCUGCAGCAGUAACGGUCUUUCAUCUUCAAAAGUUGAUUCGAGCCAAAUAUGGUCUCACCGAGGCACACCGAGUCGAUGUCAUGUACCACGAGGAACCGCUAUGUAGUAGUUACUCAUUGAUGGACAUUAUGUAUAUCUACCAUUGGAGGCGGAAAGUACCGCUGCACUUGGGCUACAGGAUAUUCGAGUCUUCACCAAAGCGUUUGAAGUUGUCCGAUGACAAUACGGACUUUAAGCAGUCUUUGUCGAGUGUUGGUAUCAGCACGGUAGAGUCCAAGGAUGAGCAGUCAAGUCGACGGGAGUGGAAAGAAGUGCAGUUGAAGAUAUCAGAAACCGGUGUGAUGAGUGUCACCGACAUAUCCAGUCCAGAGUCGAAGAAGAGUAGUACAAAACCUGAGGAGGGUAAUUCGGAGAAGGGUGCAGAUGAGACACUCUCUUCGGAGGCUGUAAAUACCUGUAACGUAGUUCUAAAAGAAGAGGGGAAGACUACGAAGCCAAUCAGCAGUGCAGGGAACUCAUCGAAGAACCAUGCCGAGGGUGCCAAAAGCAACGACCAACUUCCGGCUGGUCAGGAAGGGAAAAUUGACAAAGGAAGUGCGUGUUCUCGGAACGACGGUCAGUCCAGUUCGUCGAGUAUGGCGGAGGAACCGAAAAAGCCGAAAUUAGAUACGGAGAAGUGUCCUACUCCGUCGAUUGGCUCAGAAUCCGUAGCACCAAUCGAGCCUGAGAAGCACGAUGGCAAAAGUACUUCGACCGACACUCGGAAGUCCAUCGGUAGUUCUAAUUUGAAAACGGAGGAAAAGAGCGAUGUGGAGACGCUGCCGUGCGAAAAGAAAACCGCUAAGUCGAAGCUCUUAACGACGAAUAAUAAUAUCGUAACCGUUGAUUCGCAGAAGCUGGAGGCCUCGAAGCAAUCCGCAAAGGGUCCAUCCGAAACGAAGGGUCCACCGUCUGCUGGAUCGAAAAUCGAUGCACUCAGUACCAAGCUACAGUGCCAGCUGAAACUUGGCCCAGUUAAUAACACGUACUCUAAGAAGCUCCCGAAGGAGAAGAAGGUCUCCAAUUCCGGGUCCAAGAAGGUCGAUGGGAAGAUCCCGGUGGAACCCACCAAGGGAGAGACGUUGGUCACGGUGGAGUCCGUCAGUGUCACCAAAACUCGGGCCAACUGUGGAGUACCAGCUCCUGUUAAGAGCUCGGCAUCGGAGGCGACUCCUAAAGUCCUGUCAGUGGCGGUCUCUGCACCUAGUGGACCCACGGUGACCUCCCACACGAGCACCCUCGUGUCCUCCUCGCCAUCGGCUACCUACGUAACCGCGCCUUCUGUCUCCGUUGCGAACGGACAGAGUACCUCUAGUAGCCAUCUCCAGAGUCUAGCUCAGGGUCUGCCUCAAGGUCUACCUCAAGGUCUGCCCCAGGGUAUGCCUCAGAGCCUUCCGCCGAGCAUCCCCCAGGUUCUGUCUCAGAAUCUGAGCAGUCCCAGCCAUCGGUGUCCUCGCAGCGAGCCCUCCUCGAUGGAGCCCCAGAAGUCGAGCAGCACUUCAUCCUCGAAGCCUACCUUGACCAGGUCCACCGGCAACAUCGGCAACCUGACUCCCUCCAGCGAAAGCUUGGCUUCGAUAGGACUCAACGUCUCCACGGCCAUGUUGAGUCUUAGCCAGGUUACGAGCGCUACUUUUCCUUACACUGUGCAGGACCUGGUGAGCUCGGGGAUGCCCCGAAGCCCCGUCGCAAAAGGUCCUGCGAAGGUACCUUCGAAGGCGCUCUCGAAGAGCAGCGCCUCCGCGAGCUCUCCCACCUCGUGCAACCAGUUCCCGAUGCAGCCCGCUUCGAUGAGCGUUUAUUCGGUGUCCAAGAGCAGCAAUCCUUACCCAAUAAGUACGCAGAGUUCGGUUUGUACCUCGGUAAAGCCAUCGGCAGGGAGCAAGAGUGGCUUCGACACCGCUGCUGGGGUGUAUUCCGUGCCACCGUGUCCCGACGCGAUUCCCAUCUCCUUGGUGAAGCCCAUGGUCCGGAAGCACGAGCUCAUUGCCAAGGGGACCAACCUUAACGAGAUAUGCGCGAAAAUCGGAAACAGCGGCUCCAAGAUAAACGACAUCUGCGCGAAGAUCGGGGAGAGCUCCAAAGAGAAGAACAAAUCGGAGACCAGGGUCAGGUCGGAGAUCCCGGACCUGCUGAAGAUCGCGAAGAGGAGGCCCUCCUCGGAGGCGCCGAUCAAGCACGUGCCGAACAUCCCUAACGUGCCGAUAUACACGCCGAGUAACAGCCUCUCCUCCGAGAGCAAGAACACCUACGGCGGGAAGGAGGCGGUCUCGAAGAGUCACCACGCGACCUCGUCCGCGACGUCCGUUGCGACCUCCUCGCACUCGGUCCAGAAGAUCCCCACGAUGAAGAAGCAGUCCCAGCCCGUUGGGUACAAGACUCUGCGAGACCCCCCGAAGUCCUGGAACCCCACCCUCUCGAAGAACAACUUCGUCGCCUCCAGGAACCAGAUCAAGGACGUCCCGAGCCAGUCGUCGUCCUCCAGCGAGCAAGGGGCGAACCCGAAGCCGAUAGCCUCGAAGCCGGCGAAGAUCUUCAAGAUGAGGAACACGCUACGGUUCCUGGGGAACCCGGCCUCGGGGGUGAAGCCGAUGUACGGCUGCGGGGCCACCGAGGCCAAGGAGAAGGAGCAGCCCUCCCAGCAGCCCUCUAAGGGCGGCACCACGAUGAGCAUGAUGAAGAUCGACCCCAAGACCCUGACCCCGAUCGUCUCCUCCUCGAGCUCCCCCAUAGCCCCGCCGCCCCCGUACUCCCCGAACGCCCGGACCUACCAGAACAGCCCCUACCCCAGGGAGAUCUGCCGGAACACCGGCUCGCCGAUCUCCCUGAGGAACUCCCCGGUGAACAUGCUCUCGACGAACCCCUUCAUCCCCUCCGCGACCCCGAACACGAACCCCAGGUUGAUCUACACCCACUUCCCGCCGCCGUUCCCGGACGCCAGCAGGCUGCCGAACCCCCUGAUCAGGUCGCCCCUGGGCAUCCCGCCACCCAGUGCCUUCCACAACAGCCUGCCGCCCUCGAUCAACCAGCUCUACCAGAGGUCGAGCUACGUGCCCCAGACGACGGGCUACGCGGCGGCCUCCGCGCAGCCCCCGGCCGUCCAGCGGAUACCGGCCAGCAGCCCGCACUCCUCCUCGUCGGCCCCUAAGUCGCCGAAGGGCUCCCCGAGGAGCUCCCCGAAGAGCUCCCCGAAGAGCUCCCCUCUCCCCGGCAAGCCGGAGACCCAGACCUCGGUCUCCGCCUCGUCGACCUCCUCGACCUCCCCGGCCGCCUCCUCGGCGUCCUCGGUCUCCGUCGAGAGCGUGGCUCUCCAGCUGGCCAAGGGCCUCUCCAAGCACCAGGAACAGAACGCCUUCAACCUCUCCAAGAAUCCGGACCAGAAGGCGCCGAUCUCCGAGGCCGGCCAGGCCAAGCCGCCGACCUCGACGCCGACCUCGGCGCCGACCUCGACCCCGAGGACCACCGCGACGUCGACCGGCCCGAAGACUUCCUCGACCUCGACGGUCCCGGCGACCUCGGUCACCCCCGCGGCCCCCUCGACGGCCGCCCCCACGACUUCCACGACGAGCAGCACCGCGCCGACCUCGACCGCGGCCUCGGAGAGGUCCAAGACCUCCGAGCCCGCCAAGGAGGAGGCAAAGGUCGAGGGUGGGAAGGAGGCCGAGAACCAGGACACGGUGCAAUCGGGCAGGAGGACCGCCCCAGGUGAACGCAGGACGGAGCCGAAGGACGCCCCCCAGGAGAAGGAGGGUUCCCCCAAGGUGAACGGCGAUCUCGCCCCGGAGGCCUCCCCCGGGCCCAAGGUCAAGCCCAAGGAGGACGAGCCCAAGGCCGGCGAUGCCCCCCAGGAGGCCGUCGAGGCCCGCGACAAGGUCGAGGAGCCCCCNGGAAAAUAUUCGCCGGUCGCGAAUGUGUUAAGGUGA